CACCCUCUCCCCGCCUCCGGCCGCCGGCGCAGCAGUGGUGGCUAGUCAUCUCCAAAAGGGGCCCUCCGACUCCUCGCGGGCCAGUCCGGCCCUUGGUCGUGGCGCCCUGGAGUACUCUCUCGGGUCCCUGAGCCGCGAUCCCUUUUCCCCAGAGUUGUGAACAACUUUCCCCGGUGUCUGGCGCUACUGUGGCUUGGGGACCUUUGCCGCUGCAGGUUGCUGAACUCCGGGCCCCGCACCUCGGCUUCGCGCUUCUUAGGUCCACUCCCUUUUCUGGUGCACCCUGGGGGUCCCCGACCUCGGCUUUAAGGGCGAGAUGCCUCUAGGACACAUCAUGAGGCUGGAUCUGGAGAAAAUCGCCCUGGAGUACAUAGUGCCCUGUCUACACGAGGUCGGCUUCUGCUACCUGGACAACUUCCUGGGCGAGGUGGUGGGAGACUGCGUCCUGGAGCGUGUCAAGCAGCUGCACUACAACGGGGCCCUGCGGGACGGCCAGCUGGCCGGGCCGCGCGCCGGAGUCUCCAAGCGGCACCUGCGGGGCGACCAGAUCACGUGGAUCGGGGGCAAUGAGGAGGGCUGCGAGGCCAUCAGUUUCCUCCUGUCCCUAAUCGACAGGCUGGUCCUGUACUGCGGGAGCCGGCUAGGCAAAUACUACGUCAAGGAAAGGUCCAAGGCAAUGGUGGCUUGUUAUCCAGGCAACGGAACAGGUUAUGUUCGCCAUGUGGACAACCCCAAUGGUGAUGGCCGCUGUAUCACCUGCAUCUACUAUCUGAACAAGAAUUGGGAUGCGAAGCUACAUGGUGGGAUCCUGCGGAUAUUUCCAGAAGGGAAAUCAUUCAUAGCUGAUGUGGAGCCCAUUUUUGAUAGACUCCUGUUCUUCUGGUCAGAUCGCAGGAACCCGCAUGAAGUCCAGCCUUCCUAUGCCACCAGAUAUGCUAUGACUGUUUGGUACUUUGAUGCUGAAGAAAGGGCAGAAGCCAAAAAGAAAUUCAGGAAUUUAACUAGGAAAACUGAAUCUGCCCUUACUGAAGACUGACUGUGCUCUGAAAUCUGCUGGCCUUGUUCAUUUUAGUAAUGGUUCCAGAAUUCUCUUUUAAGAGUUGAGAUCCAAAGAUGACCUCUUCAUUGACCAUAAGUUCCCCUCUACUGCUUGCAUCCCUCACAUCCCUGUCUUGUAUGUGGUACUUCAUGUUUUCUUGCCAGGACUUCUUGGACUGUCUUCUCCAGAUGAAUUCAUUUGCUAACUCCAGAAAGACCUGCAGACAUCCUCGUUGGCCAGCAGUUUAACUGAUAGAUUUGGUGAUACUGGCUAUCAAAACUAGACCCUGGGAGCACAGAAAUGAAUUUUAUUUGCACUUUAUUUACAUUUCCUGAUUUGAAAGGAGGAGGUUUGCAAAGAAACCAAUUUGUGACAUACGCCACAGAGAGACAUCACUGAAGCCUGAACAGAAGGAGAUAGAAAUUGGUGUCAUCUGAACCAUUUCCAGAUGUUGUUAAUCCAGAGCUGUUGGAGUUUCUGGAGAAUUACUACAACCCAAUGAAAAAUGACCUCUAGAAAGGGCUGCUGUCAUAGUGAUCGAUUUGUAAGUGUCCCAUGGUGCAGACACUCCUUUUUCCUUAUCUUACAAUUUGGACUUUAUGCUUCUGUCCCAUUUUGCUAAAAAUAAUGAUUUUCUGAUUGAAGAGUAUAUCACCAUUCAUUCUUUAUUUUCCCUUCUACCUGGAGACACCACUUACCCAGAGGCCCAAACUAGACAUUAAUUGUUUUGUUGGAUUGGGAAUUUGAAUUUAAAUCAGAGGACAAAAGUCUACUUGGUAGUUUAGGGUUAGCCUCUGAAAAGAGUGUGAAGAGAGCUAGAUCUGUUGAUAGACAGUGAACGUGUGUGCAGUGUGAACAGUUGUUUGAGAAGGAAGAUGGAGUCGGAAAUAUGGGUGUUCUCUCUUUUUUUUUUCAGUGUUCCUUCCUUUUUAAUGAGCCCACCCUUCUUUAACAAAAUAAAAAAGGAUAGGGUGUCAUUGUCAAGAGGAAAUGGAAAUUUAAAAAAAUCUCAAAGCUAUUUGAGUUCUUUUACAUUGUGUGUCCCUACUGGACUUUCUUUAGCCAACUUGACUCCUCAGAUCCACUGUGGUUGGCAGUGCUUCAGGAACUCUGCGUUGAGCACCUAUUUUAUGAAAGUCACCCUUCCUAGUUUUCAAUUCUACGUUUGAAUUUUUAAAGGCCCAUUAAUUUCCUACUUGAAAAUCUUGUAAACAUUAAAGACUCAGAAACAUUUUCUUUGGUUGGGCAUGGAUAUCUAGUCUUUUCAAGAAAUAAAUUUUUUCCUUCUAUGGUUUUGGAAGAUUUCUACGUAAGACUUGUCAUUCAUUCUCACAACUGCUCUAUUUUGUUUUAUCGUAGUACUUAUCACCUUCUAACUUACUAUGUAAUAUACUUAUUUAUUACGUUCAAUGUCUUGUAUCCUUCCUCUAGAGUGUAAGCACAAUGAAGACAGGGAUUUUGUAUGUUUUUAAUCAAUGCAAUAUAUUUCCAGCACCUAAAAUAGGGUCUGGUGCAUAGUAAAGGCUCAGUAAAUACUUGUUGAAUAAACUCAGUCUCCUCUGUUA